UGCACAACCAAAUCCAGUGAGCAGCAUACAGGAUAGCAUUUUGUCAGGUCGCUAUCUAUCUAUGCCAUGAUCUAUUAGGACCUACCAGUCAACUCUUGUAAGCCAUUUGACCAUUAUAGAAUGUUGAACGUUCAGAGAAUACUGCUGGACUCUCGACCUGGGUCAAAUGGUGUCCCGGUUCCUGAGAAUUUUCGCAUGGAAAAUCAGAGCAUACCCCUAGACUUGAAGGAGGGAGAGGUCCUGAUUCGGACGCUGUUUCUCUCUGUCGACCCCUACAUGCGAUGCCGCAUGAACGAAGAUACGGGGGCGAAGUACUUGACGCCGUGGGAGCUAUCCGAGUGCGUGGACGGCGGAGGUGUGGCGAUAGUGGAGUCCAGUCGCUACCCUGGCCUCUCUCCGGGCGACAUGGUCACCUCGUUCAACUGUCGUUGGCAGACUCAAGAUAUUGUCAACGGAGGCCUCCUACAGAAGGUAGACCCACAGUUGGUGGAUGGGCAUUCAUCCUACUUCCUGGGUACAGUGGGCAUGCCCGGCCUCACUGCCUUACUGGGUAUCAGAGAAAAGGGUCAUGUGAUCAAGGGCGCCAAUCAGACCAUGGUGGUCAGUGGAGCUGCAGGGGCUUGUGGGUCAAUAUCAGGCCAGAUUGGCCGCCUGGACGGGUGCAUGCGGGUGGUGGGGAUCUGUGGGUCUGAUGAGAAGUGCCGAGCCCUGGUGGAGGAGCUGGGCUUCUCCUCAGCUCUGAACUACCGCUGGGGAGACAUCCCCUCCAGACUGAGGGAGUGCUGUCCCGACGGUGUGGACGUUUAUUUCGACAACGUGGGCGGCCCCAUCAGCGACGCCGUCAUAGCACAGAUGAACGAGGGAGGCCAUGUGAUCCUGUGUGGGCAGAUCUCCCAGUACAACAAGGACGUGCCCUACCCUCCACCCCUGAGCGAGGCGACCCAGGAGGCCCUGCGCUCCAAGAACAUCACGAGAGAGCGCUUUAUGGUGCUCAACUACAUGGAGAAGCAUGCUGCUGGUAUCCUGCAGCUCAGCGACUGGGUCCGGACCGGACGAGUCAAGGUACGGCGAGGGUGUUGGAAACGGUGGUGAACGGCAUCGAAAACAUGGGCGUGGCGUUUUGCUCUAUGAUGACCGGGGGAAACAUCGGCAAACAAAUCGUCAAAGUGUCUGCCUGAGGAGGACAAGCCCCAGAAACAGAACCAACGGCUUCGGGUUGGUUCCAUCCUGAGGCCUUAGGAAACACGCCUGCUCACUAGACGAUGACACCGUAUACAUCCCACUGCUAUCAGGACACAUCUCUCUAGGAUACCCGUCAUACAAUGACAAUAACCUACACCCUUUUUCCCCUGCGAACAGAACCUGAAUAGAGCCGCAGGUGCUGGGAGGGGGGCCAACCUCACCACGUAACCUUAGCCAUCAUUGUGUCUUUGUAUUUCCAUGAAUUCAAAUGUAUUUGACUGCAAUGUGGAAGUCACUUUGUUCUUAUCAUUGUCCUAACCAACAGACUGAACAGUACAACAGUAAUAUCAACCUUAGCAGUGAAAGGUAACAUGGACUAUAGUGACACAAUAAAAACACAACAAAAUGUCACUUUAAUCAACAAUUUAUUUCACAGCACUAUAAACCAUUAUUAAAAUCCCCAAAGUGGUUUGUUUGAUUGAGUUGUCAUCGGAAACAGUUAAUGACAAUGACCAUGAUUUUGUUACAACAUCACCCAGGUGAUCAUUCAGCGUUCCUAUUAAAGCUGGAAACCUGG